GCUCUGCAGUCAGGAUGAAUCUCCCUAUUUUGACUGCAGUCCUUCUUGGACUCGUCCUGACUCCAGCCCUUGCUGAUUAUUCUCAGCAGACGGAUAACAACUGCCAGGUCUCUGUUGGAGGUGUUUUCCAAAAUAUGACUCUCAGUAGUCAAACACUUGUGGUGGUUAUUGAACAAAGGAGUGACCACUUGUCAUGGAAAACCAUCUGGCACUACAAAGCGGGUAUCAUUGCAACCAAAGUGAUGCCAGAGAGAACUUGCUACAUUUCUACCAUGAACAGAAAUGAGAUGCCCAGCUUUGAAAAUAUGGUCAAACUGGCUUCACAGAAUAGGAACCUGCUCGGAUUUGGAAGACCUAACAAGAAGAUCACCUUUGUCACCAGUGGAUUGGUCAACAACCUCACCUCUUACGGAAUAGACAUCACCGCUAUGUGCAGUGGACUCACCACCUACAUGGCUUACGAAGUUCACAGACCGCAAGUGAAUCUGGGAUCAUGCGUUACACUCGAUGUACUGAGAGUUGUGGAGCUUCAGUACUGCAAUGGCAAUGGCACUGGCAAUGGCAAUGGACAGAUUCCUCAGUUUCCUGGCAACCUCGACAACGGCACGCAAGUGAUCAUUGGUGGCCAGUCCCAAAUUGUGACCAUCAACAUGCAGUGGCGCGUGGCAAUCAUUGAGCAAAACAGCAUCAGCGGGUCCUGGAAAACCAUCUGGAACUACAACACGGGCGUCAUUGCAACCAAAGUGACGCAACAGAACACCUGCUACAUUUCCAUCAUGAACAAAAAUGAGAUGCCCAGCUUCAAUAAUCUGGCCCGCCUGGCACAAGAGAGCAGGAACCAGAUCGGUUUUGGAAGACCUACCAAGAAGAUCACCUUUGUGGCCAAUGGCUUGGUCAACAACCUCAGGUCUUACGGAGCAGAUGUCUUUUCCAUGUGCAAUGGACUCACCACCUACAUGGCUUACGAAGUUCACGGACCCCAAGUGAAUCUGGGAUCAUGCAUUACACUCGAUGUCCUGAGAGUCGUGGAUCUGAAGUACUGCACUGGCAAUGGCAAUGGCAAUGGACAGAUUCCUCAGUUUCCUGGCAACCUCGACAACGGCACGCAAGUGAUCAUUGGUGGCCAGUCCCAAAUUGUGACCAUCAACAUGCAGUGGCGCGUGGCAAUCAUUGAGCAAAACAGCAUCAGCGGGUCCUGGAAAACCAUCUGGAACUACAACACGGGCGUCAUUGCAACCAAAGUGACGCAACAGAACACCUGCUACAUUUCCAUCAUGAACAAAAAUGAGAUGCCCAGCUUCAAUAAUCUGGCCCGCCUGGCACAAGAGAGCAGGAACCAGAUCGGUUUUGGAAGACCUACCAAGAAGAUCACCUUUGUGGCCAAUGGCUUGGUCAACAACCUCAGGUCUUACGGAGCAGAUGUCUUUUCCAUGUGCAAUGGACUCACCACCUACAUGGCUUACGAAGUUCACGGACCCCAAGUGAAUCUGGGAUCAUGCAUUACACUCGAUGUCCUGAGAGUCGUGGAUCUGAAGUACUGCACUGGCAAUGGCAAUGGCAAUGGACAGAUUCCUCAGUUUCCUGGCAACCUCGACAACGGCACGCAAGUGAUCAUUGGUGGCCAGUCCCAAAUUGUGACCAUCAACAUGCAGUGGCGCGUGGCAAUCAUUGAGCAAAACAGCAUCAGCGGGUCCUGGAAAACCAUCUGGAACUACAACACGGGCGUCAUUGCAACCAAAGUGACGCAACAGAACACCUGCUACAUUUCCAUCAUGAACAAAAAUGAGAUGCCCAGCUUCAAUAAUCUGGCCCGCCUGGCACAAGAGAGCAGGAACCAGAUCGGUUUUGGAAGACCUACCAAGAAGAUCACCUUUGUGGCCAAUGGCUUGGUCAACAACCUCAGGUCUUACGGAGCAGAUGUCUUUUCCAUGUGCAAUGGACUCACCACCUACAUGGCUUACGAAGUUCACGGACCCCAAGUGAAUCUGGGAUCAUGCAUUACACUCGAUGUCCUGAGAGUCGUGGAUCUGAAGUACUGCACUGGCAAUGGCAAUGGCAAUGGACAGAUUCCUCAGUUUCCUGGCAACCUCGACAACGGCACGCAAGUGAUCAUUGGUGGCCAGUCCCAAAUUGUGACCAUCAACAUGCAGUGGCGCGUGGCAAUCAUUGAGCAAAACAGCAUCAGCGGGUCCUGGAAAACCAUCUGGAACUACAACACGGGCGUCAUUGCAACCAAAGUGACGCAACAGAACACCUGCUACAUUUCCAUCAUGAACAAAAAUGAGAUGCCCAGCUUCAAUAAUCUGGCCCGCCUGGCACAAGAGAGCAGGAACCAGAUCGGUUUUGGAAGACCUACCAAGAAGAUCACCUUUGUGGCCAAUGGCUUGGUCAACAACCUCAGGUCUUACGGAGCAGAUGUCUUUUCCAUGUGCAAUGGACUCACCACCUACAUGGCUUACGAAGUUCACGGACCCCAAGUGAAUCUGGGAUCAUGCAUUACACUCGAUGUCCUGAGAGUCGUGGAUCUGAAGUACUGCACUGGCAAUGGCAAUGGCAAUGGACAGAUUCCUCAGUUUCCUGGCAACCUCGACAACGGCACGCAAGUGAUCAUUGGUGGCCAGUCCCAAAUUGUGACCAUCAACAUGCAGUGGCGCGUGGCAAUCAUUGAGCAAAACAGCAUCAGCGGGUCCUGGAAAACCAUCUGGAACUACAACACGGGCGUCAUUGCAACCAAAGUGACGCAACAGAACACCUGCUACAUUUCCAUCAUGAACAAAAAUGAGAUGCCCAGCUUCAAUAAUCUGGCCCGCCUGGCACAAGAGAGCAGGAACCAGAUCGGUUUUGGAAGACCUACCAAGAAGAUCACCUUUGUGGCCAAUGGCUUGGUCAACAACCUCAGGUCUUACGGAGCAGAUGUCUUUUCCAUGUGCAAUGGACUCACCACCUACAUGGCUUACGAAGUUCACGGACCCCAAGUGAAUCUGGGAUCAUGCAUUACACUCGAUGUCCUGAGAGUCGUGGAUCUGAAGUACUGCACUGGCAAUGGCAAUGGCAAUGGACAGAUUCCUCAGUUUCCUGGCAACCUCGACAACGGCACGCAAGUGAUCAUUGGUGGCCAGUCCCAAAUUGUGACCAUCAACAUGCAGUGGCGCGUGGCAAUCAUUGAGCAAAACAGCAUCAGCGGGUCCUGGAAAACCAUCUGGAACUACAACACGGGCGUCAUUGCAACCAAAGUGACGCAACAGAACACCUGCUACAUUUCCAUCAUGAACAAAAAUGAGAUGCCCAGCUUCAAUAAUCUGGCCCGCCUGGCACAAGAGAGCAGGAACCAGAUCGGUUUUGGAAGACCUACCAAGAAGAUCACCUUUGUGGCCAAUGGCUUGGUCAACAACCUCAGGUCUUACGGAGCAGAUGUCUUUUCCAUGUGCAAUGGACUCACCACCUACAUGGCUUACGAAGUUCACGGACCCCAAGUGAAUCUGGGAUCAUGCAUUACACUCGAUGUCCUGAGAGUCGUGGAUCUGAAGUACUGCACUGGCAAUGGCAAUGGCAAUGGACAGAUUCCUCAGUUUCCUGGCAACCUCGACAACGGCACGCAAGUGAUCAUUGGUGGCCAGUCCCAAAUUGUGACCAUCAACAUGCAGUGGCGCGUGGCAAUCAUUGAGCAAAACAGCAUCAGCGGGUCCUGGAAAACCAUCUGGAACUACAACACGGGCGUCAUUGCAACCAAAGUGACGCAACAGAACACCUGCUACAUUUCCAUCAUGAACAAAAAUGAGAUGCCCAGCUUCAAUAAUCUGGCCCGCCUGGCACAAGAGAGCAGGAACCAGAUCGGUUUUGGAAGACCUACCAAGAAGAUCACCUUUGUGGCCAAUGGCUUGGUCAACAACCUCAGGUCUUACGGAGCAGAUGUCUUUUCCAUGUGCAAUGGACUCACCACCUACAUGGCUUACGAAGUUCACGGACCCCAAGUGAAUCUGGGAUCAUGCAUUACACUCGAUGUCCUGAGAGUCGUGGAUCUGAAGUACUGCACUGGCAAUGGCAAUGGCAAUGGACAGAUUCCUCAGUUUCCUGGCAACCUCGACAACGGCACGCAAGUGAUCAUUGGUGGCCAGUCCCAAAUUGUGACCAUCAACAUGCAGUGGCGCGUGGCAAUCAUUGAGCAAAACAGCAUCAGCGGGUCCUGGAAAACCAUCUGGAACUACAACACGGGCGUCAUUGCAACCAAAGUGACGCAACAGAACACCUGCUACAUUUCCAUCAUGAACAAAAAUGAGAUGCCCAGCUUCAAUAAUCUGGCCCGCCUGGCACAAGAGAGCAGGAACCAGAUCGGUUUUGGAAGACCUACCAAGAAGAUCACCUUUGUGGCCAAUGGCUUGGUCAACAACCUCAGGUCUUACGGAGCAGAUGUCUUUUCCAUGUGCAAUGGACUCACCACCUACAUGGCUUACGAAGUUCACGGACCCCAAGUGAAUCUGGGAUCAUGCAUUACACUCGAUGUCCUGAGAGUCGUGGAUCUGAAGUACUGCACUGGCAAUGGCAAUGGCAAUGGACAGAUUCCUCAGUUUCCUGGCAACCUCGACAACGGCACGCAAGUGAUCAUUGGUGGCCAGUCCCAAAUUGUGACCAUCAACAUGCAGUGGCGCGUGGCAAUCAUUGAGCAAAACAGCAUCAGCGGGUCCUGGAAAACCAUCUGGAACUACAACACGGGCGUCAUUGCAACCAAAGUGACGCAACAGAACACCUGCUACAUUUCCAUCAUGAACAAAAAUGAGAUGCCCAGCUUCAAUAAUCUGGCCCGCCUGGCACAAGAGAGCAGGAACCAGAUCGGUUUUGGAAGACCUACCAAGAAGAUCACCUUUGUGGCCAAUGGCUUGGUCAACAACCUCAGGUCUUACGGAGCAGAUGUCUUUUCCAUGUGCAAUGGACUCACCACCUACAUGGCUUACGAAGUUCACGGACCCCAAGUGAAUCUGGGAUCAUGCAUUACACUCGAUGUCCUGAGAGUCGUGGAUCUGAAGUACUGCACUGGCAAUGGCAAUGGCAAUGGACAGAUUCCUCAGUUUCCUGGCAACCUCGACAACGGCACGCAAGUGAUCAUUGGUGGCCAGUCCCAAAUUGUGACCAUCAACAUGCAGUGGCGCGUGGCAAUCAUUGAGCAAAACAGCAUCAGCGGGUCCUGGAAAACCAUCUGGAACUACAACACGGGCGUCAUUGCAACCAAAGUGACGCAACAGAACACCUGCUACAUUUCCAUCAUGAACAAAAAUGAGAUGCCCAGCUUCAAUAAUCUGGCCCGCCUGGCACAAGAGAGCAGGAACCAGAUCGGUUUUGGAAGACCUACCAAGAAGAUCACCUUUGUGGCCAAUGGCUUGGUCAACAACCUCAGGUCUUACGGAGCAGAUGUCUUUUCCAUGUGCAAUGGACUCACCACCUACAUGGCUUACGAAGUUCACGGACCCCAAGUGAAUCUGGGAUCAUGCAUUACACUCGAUGUCCUGAGAGUUGUGGAUCUGAAGUACUGCACUGGCAAUGGCAAUGGCAAUGGACAGAUUCCUCAAUUUCCUGGCAACCUCGACAACGGCACGCAAGUGAUCAUUGGUGGCCAGUCCCAAAUUGUGACCAUCAACAUGCAGUGGCGCGUGGCAAUCAUUGAGCAAAACAGCAUCAGCGGGUCCUGGAAAACCAUCUGGAACUACAACACGGGCGUCAUUGCAACCAAAGUGACGCAACAGAACACCUGCUACAUUUCCAUCAUGAACAAAAAUGAGAUGCCCAGCUUCAAUAAUCUGGCCCGCCUGGCACAAGAGAGCAGGAACCAGAUCGGUUUUGGAAGACCUACCAAGAAGAUCACCUUUGUGGCCAAUGGCUUGGUCAACAACCUCAGGUCUUACGGAGCAGAUGUCUUUUCCAUGUGCAAUGGACUCACCACCUACAUGGCUUACGAAGUUCACGGACCCCAAGUGAAUCUGGGAUCAUGCAUUACACUCGAUGUCCUGAGAGUCGUGGAUCUGAAGUACUGCACUGGCAAUGGCAAUGGCAAUGGACAGUCUCAGCAGCCGAAUCACAACUGCCAUUUCUCUGGUGGAUGUAUUUACCAAAAUAUGUCUGUCAGUGGUCAAACACACGUGGCCAUUUUCGAGCAAAGGAGCAACCAGUUCUCAUGGAAAACCAUCUGGAAUUAUAACACGGGCAUCAUUGCAACCAAAGUGGUGCAAGGGAGAACGUGCUACAUUUCCACCAUGAACAGAAAUGUGAUGCCCAGCUUUGAUGCUCUCGUCAUAUACGCUUCAGAGAACAGGAACCAGAUCGGUUUUGGAAGACCUACCAAGAAGAUCACCUUUGUCACCAAUGGCUUGGUCAACAACCUCAUGUCUUAUGGAGCAGAUGUCUUCUCCAUGUGCAGUGGACUCACCACCUACAUGGCUCAUGAAGUUCACGGACCCCAGCUGAAUCAGGGAUCAUGUAUCUCACUUGAUGUCCUCAAACUUGUGGAUCUGAAUUAUUGUGGUGGCAAUAUCAAAGCCUGAAAACCUUAUCUUUCUUCAGUCAAGUACAGAGACUCUGAGCUGCUGCCCAAGGCAAACCCUGUUGCCAUUCUUCCCUCACAUCUCCUUUUAGAGGUGUUCUUGGGGAUUUAAAUCCUGACACAGAUCAACUGGUGAUGACAUCUUUCAAAUAAAUUCCUUCAUUAUGG